ACCAAGUUUAUCCUUUAAAAAGGGAUGCUACCAAGGCUAAAAAUCCACCAAGCAACAUAUAUAGGAAAUUUUUACAGCGCUGCUAAUAACUCAGAUAAGCCAGAAUUAGUGUGUUCAUAAUUAAGAAAGAUGGGAAUAAAGUUACGGGUAAUGUUAGUGAUGAUGCUGCUUUUGUUACUAAAUGGACGGUAUUGUUUAGGGUAUUGGGAGGAAGAGAGGGUUGCUCUUUUGCACCUCAAAGAAAAUAUAAACUUUCCAAAUGGAGAAUCGCUACCUUCAUGGGUGGUGGUUAAUGAGAUUGGAAUUGACUGUUGUCAAUGGCAAGGGGUUGAAUGCAGUAACACAACUAAACGAAUAAUCAAAAUUAAUCUUGAUGGUGCUAGGGAUUUGAACUCUGGAGAUUGGUAUUUUAAUGCCUCUCUAUUUCUUCCCUUUCAAGAGCUCAGAAUUCUCUCUUUGUGGGGGAAUCAGUUAGUUGGUUGGAUUGAGAAUGAAGGUUUUGAUCAAUUGUCAACGUUGAGAAAUUUGGAGACCCUUGAUCUGGGGGACAAUUCAUUUGAUCGCAAAAUUUUGUCAUCUCUUAGUCAGCUUUCUUCACUCAAGCUUCUGGGACUUUGGGGCUGCUUUUCAAAUAGAGAAAUUUACGGCAAUAGUCGUGAAAGACUCUUCGGAUUAACCAAGUUGGAAGUUCUUAAUUUUGCAUCUAAUCAUGGGAUUAUCGACGGUGACAUUCUAUUAGUGCUAAAUCUGAAUGAUUUUAUCAAUUUGAAGGAGCUCGACCUAAGUCAAAAUAAACUUAGAAGCUUGGGUACCAUUUACGGUCUAAAAUAUUUGAAGGUCCUUAAUUUACAAUCAAAUUACUUCAAUAAUAGCAUUUUCUCCUCACUUCAUGGGCUAUCAUCACUCAAGUCUCUAGAUUUCUCUUACAAUAAACUAAAAGGAACCAUCCAAAUGAAAGAUUUACGGGCUUUGAGUAAUUUGGAGGAGCUUGAUCUAAGUGGCAACGAGGUCGACAACUUCACGACUCUAAAAGGCAUUAAAAGUAUACAUAGUCUCCAAGUGCUAAAAUUAGAUUCCUUAUAUCUCUCCAACAUUAGCAAUAUGGUGCAAUCUUUGAGGGCAUUCUCUUACCUCAAGCACUUCUAUUUUCGGCGCAAUUCUGUAAAUGGAAGUAUUGGAUCUUACGAGUUGGGACAUUUAAGACGGUUGGAGGGAUUGUUCUUGGAUAAUUCUACCGUGGAUUGGAACUUUCUACAAAGUAUAGGAGCAAUAACUUCCCUCAAGAUUUUAUCUUUGUCCAGAUGCAGACUCAAUGGCACCCUUCCCAUUCAAGGGUUGUGUGAACUUAAAAACCUCCAAGAGUUAGAUCUUAGUCGAAAUAAGUAUGAAGGAAUACUUCCUUCAUGUGUUGCAAACAUGACAUCUCUUAGAUUGGUUGACCUGUCAGACAAUACAUUCACUGGAAAUAUCGCUUCUCCUCCACUUUCCAAACUCACAUCACUUGAAUAUCUCUCCCUUUCAAAUAACAACUUUCAAGUUCCAAUUUCUUUCAAGGCAUUCUUUAAUCAUUCAAACUUUAAGUUUUUAUUUUUGGAAAAUAAUGAAAUAAUAAACGACAACGAGUUGGGAAAUUGGGUUCCCAAUUUUCAAGUGGAGGUUUUUAUUAUGUCGAAUUCAAGAGGUCAUCCAUCAUUACCCAACUUCCUUUACUAUCAAUCCAAUUUGAGAAUUCUUUAUCUCCCAAAUAACAACAUAGGACCGAAUUUUCCAACUUGGUUGGUGGAGAACAACACAAGACUUGGGGUACUAUCCCUGAGGGAUAAUGCUUUUACAGGACAUCUCAAGUUGCCGACAAGAACCAAUCCCAACAUGGAGACUUUUGAUGUAUCUAAUAACAAGUUCAAUGGACAUGUUCCAACUAAUAUAACUUCAAUUUUUCCAAACUUGGUUGAAUUACACAUGUCAACAAAUAUGUUUGAUGGUUGUGUACCUUCUAGUUUCGGUGACUUAAAAUCUAUAGAAUACAUAGACUUGUCCAGCAAUAACUUGUCAGGCACAAUACCGCAAGAACUAGUUAUGGGAUGCUUUUCUUUGCAUUUUCUCAAAUUAUCGAAUAAUAAAUUGCAAGGACAAAUAUUUCCAGAAUCUAUCAACCUACAGGACUUGGAAUAUUUAUUUCUGGAUAGCAAUGAGUUCUCAGGCACCAUUCCAAAGAGUUUGUCUACCAUCCCUCUUGUAGUGUUAGACGUUAGUAACAACAGUUUAUCGGGCAGAAUUCCUACAUCAAUGGGUAAUAUGACAACAUUGUAUCAAAUUUCUCUGUCUAACAACCAGUUUGAAGGUCCAAUCCCGGUGGAAAUUUUCAAUCUCGAUGAUCUUACGCUCUUAGAUUUAUCUGAGAACAAGUUAUGUGGUUCAAUCCCAUCUUGCUUCAAUUCAUCAUGGAUACGUUAUGUCUAUCUGAACAAUAACCAAUUGGAAGGUGAACUCUCAUAUGCAUCUUAUAAUAGAUUUUCUUUGACGUCAUUGGAUCUUAGAUGGAAUAAGUUCAUCGGAAAUAUCCCUCAAUGGAUUGGCAAUCUAUCAAGCCUGAGUGUCAUUCUUCUCAACCAUAACCAUUUUGAAGGCACAAUCCCUCACCAAUUUUGUGAGAUGGACAAACUAAGGAUGAUAGACCUUUCCUUUAAUUUUCUUUCUGGUCAAAUCCCGCAGUGCUUUGGUAACUUCACCUGGGAGAAGUCUGGAAGGUUUGAAGAACCAUUGAUGUCUUCAUAUUCAACACCAUUGUUUUACAUGUAUAAGGUUAAGUUAGAAAGGGCCUAUCACGUGACUUACAACGGAACUGGAGAUCUCAGUAUAUUUGUUGUACCAAUUACAGCGACGUUCAUGACAAAGAGAAAUUCUUAUACUUACAAAGGUAGCAUCCUCAACUACAUGUCAAGACUUGAUCUCUCUUCUAAUAAAUUACAUGGUAAAAUUCCGGCCAGCCUUGGAAAUUUAAGCGAGAUUCACUCGAUCAAUUUGUCACACAACUAUCUUAUUGGAACAAUUCCAGAAACCUUCUCAAACCUACGUCAGAUCGAGAGUUUAGAUCUCUCCUAUAACAACUUAGGUGGGAGGAUCCCCACUGGUUUAAUCAAGUUGAACACUUUGGAAGUCUUCAGUGUGGCGCAUAACAAUUUAAAAGGUACGAUACCAGAGGAAGGUCAGUUUGGGACUUUUGACGAAGGUAGCUAUCAAGGAAAUCCUUAUCUUUGUGGCCGUCCAUUACCUAACGAAUGUACUAGCACUAGAUCAACACCUGUCUUGCCAUCUGUUGAUGAUGAAAGUGAGGAGCGCGGUUUCAUGGACAUGAAUUUCUUCUACAUAAGCUUCAUCAUAUCUUAUUUAUGUGUAGUGCUUUGCAUUGCUAUAGUUCUAUGCAUAAAUCCUCACUGGAGAAAAGCAUGGUUUCAUUCCAUUGAGGCUUAUAUAAUCCAUUUUUGAGGCCAUGUGUGUUGGACAAAACAAGGUAUCUGCUUUAAUUCUGCAUGAAGAUCAUUAUAUAAUAUACUAACUUGUAUAACUAAUAUAUAUUUAAAAUCAGUCUAAUCAUUUGUCCUUUUUUUUCUACAUUUGAUAAUUCGGAAGUUACGAAGCAGUGAAGCCACAUAUAACAGCAUGGUGGGGAGUGAAGAUGGCCAUGUGUAUUCAUAUUCAGUCAUACAAAUGUGAAAUUACUUUCAAUUCUGUACUUGCAUUAGUAUAUAGGAAUGUGAUUUAUUUCCCAGCUAAAUGUUUUUGUUUGAGAAAAAUAAUGAGUAACAUGGCAUUUGAUUUCUAAAAUAGCAAGUAUCAAACAUUAGUUUAAUAAAAAGACUUAUAUUAGAGCUUCUUUAUUUAUUCAUUUUCCUUAGUCCAUUUAUAGAAUUUGUGCAUUACUUUUGAAUCACAUUUUGUCAAAGAGAGUGCGUGCAACCAAUUAUUCAGUUUGUUAUUCUUGUUAAGAAAAAUAAUUGUAUCUUGGAGGGAUCAUUUUUGGACUCUUCUUCUCUGGAUGCAAACUUUCUUCAAAGCAUUGGAGUAGUGACUUCUCUAAAGCAUUUAUCUUUGCGACUUCCCAACAAGGUAAAAUUUUCAAUUCCCAGUCUCUAAAGGUUUUGUUUAUAUAUCCGCAAGGACCAUGACAUAUAUAAGUUUCUCUCUAUGUUUAUGUAUGUUUUUCUUCAAUUAUUUCUAUUUUUAUAUAUAUACAUUUCUAGCAAAAUGUAGCUGUCAUUUAGAUUUCGUUUUUAAUCUGUGGGUAAUUUUUCUUAAAAAUAUAUAUAUAAUAAAUUACCAACCUACCAAUUGUUGAUUGAAAGGAUAAAAAAAAAUUAAUUGAAAUUUACCAACAGAUUUGUUUUUUUUAAUGCACUAAAUAUCUGUUUGUAAUCUAUUCAUAUUAAUUUAUGUAACUGUAAAAUGUUUCCUACAACAUUUUUUGUUAGAAAAUGAUUUAGAAUUAAAAAUAAAUCAAAAUCAAAUAUGAAAGCAAGCUGGCAAAACCCACGCCUCAUCUCAUCCCCUCUCUCGCUCUCGUCUCUAUCUCUUGAAAUACUCGGCAUCGCCGACACCAGCCUUCAAUUGAUUGAUACAUCAUCAAUUAUUGGGAAUCUCCUUCUUCAUUGUUCGGAGAAAGCUGUAUUGGGGAUUUCAUUAGACUGCAUUUGGCUGAAAUUUGUGCGAGUUUUGUGGUGGAGGGAAGAAGACUGAAACUUGGGUGUCGGGCGAACUUAUAUUUAGGUUAUCUCGAUGUACACUAACUGUGUGAACUUCCUGGAUCGGCCCCUGCAGCAUGAGAAGUUAGGCAAGCCACCUACUGCUUCAAAGUUAUUUGAACGUGUACACCAUCGAAACAAAGGAGAAGUAGACUUCGUAGACAGAAAGUCAUGGAUUUUGUGAGUAAGAAGAAAUAAAUUCAGUUUCUUUAGACUCUAUACUCUAAAUUUCAUGUUAUUAGCUAGCUAGUCCUAGACACUAAAUGGUGGUUGGAUGAUUACCUUGGAGUUUUCAUGGGCUCAUUAUUAGCUCGUGUACAUUAAGUUACUUAGAAGUAGUAGUGUCACCUCUUCAUUUGUUCCGUCAUGUUUCUAUUUAUUGUUGGUUUUCUUAGGGUCUAAUAUAUGUGUAGUUAAGAACUUUAUAUUGUAUCUUCCAGCUAACUGAAGUUAUAUAUUGUCGUAGCACUAAAUAACUUCUAAUCCAUUCUGGUUUUGGGCCUAAAGAAAUUUGGAUGAUUUGUUGAUAGCAUUAUUUAAUGCAUUUUGAUUCCUUGGCAUUGAUAUUUGAUGAAAAUCAGCAUGUAUCCAGAAUUGAUUGGUAAUGCACAAAACAUGAUGGUUUUGGCUUGAAUGACCCUUCAAUUUUUAUGGCUUUGGAUUGUCUACAUUCUGGCCAUUGGCAAGGACAGCAACAUUAGCUACUGUGGUACUGAAAACAGGCUGAGCAAUGUUACUAAUUUCGCUUCUAAUAUAUAAUAAUUCAUGCCUUCUUUCCUUUUAUAAAGUCGAGCUACUUCUUCUUUUACAGGAAAAAUAUGACACUACAAUUCAUGAAAAAUAUGGUUCGAAUGUGUCACAACCUGAAAUUGACAUGAAGCAUGGUGUGAAGCAACUCAAGAUCCUUGUAAAGGUGGUCGCUUGUACGGGCUUGGUAUUCAAUGAAAAUCUUUGAACAAAGAUGACACCUCCUCUGGUUCACCUAAUGUUCCAUGUGAUGGCACAAGCUGAUUUCAUCACUUUACAAGAGGAAUUUCGUUCUGCUUGUAAGAAGAUAGAUAAACUUACAAGGGAAAAUGAUGGAUUACUUAAAAAAAUGAAGAUGAUAGGCAAGAAGAAGAGAAAAAAGUGCAUUGAAUUCAAAAUGCCAUACUUCGAACAUUAGGAGAAUGGAAUCGAUCACGAGAUUAGUCGAUUUGAGCACAAUGAUCUUCAAUGGUUGGGCAUAGUAAAUGUUUCUUUUGUUUAUAAAAAUUUACCAUCGAAUGUGUGUAGAACUUCCUUUUGCUAAUUGAUCAGGCGUAUGAUUUUAAAAUUGACUUUUGAAAUGGAAGCAAAACUAAUCUAAUUUUUUGUGACUUUGAACCUUGAAUUAAUUGAAUGAAAAUAUUUGUAUU